AUGGCUGUUUCUAACAUUUCAUUUGGAGUUUUGACUACCAUUAUUGCCGUCAUUGGUGCCACCUUUAUGCCUUUGGCUCAUGGACAAUCAUUAGCUCCUUCUCCAUCACCCACGAGCGAUGGCACUGCAAUUGAUCAAGGAAUUGCUUAUAUUCUAAUGCUUGUGGCAUUGGUGCUCACAUACCUUAUUCACUGA